AAGGAAAAAGUACACGAAGAAUUAUUAAAAAUUUAUGGUACGGAAACUAUAAAAUCUGCACCAAUUAAAUAUGACGAUUUACAACAUAUGCAUUAUUUGGACCGAGUUAUCAAGGAAACAAUGAGAAUUUUCCCUCCUGUCCCUCUAAUUGGACGAGAAGUAACAGAAGAUUUAAAACUAGGAGGAGUUACUUUACCAAAAGGCACAAAUAUUGUCAUAGGAAUUAUUAAGAUACAUCGAAACAAAAAAUAUUGGCCAAAUCCAUUAAUGUUUGACCCGGACAGAUUUCUUCCAGAAAAAACAAAAAGUCAAUCGUAUUGUUACAUGCCUUUUAGUGACGGACCAAGGAAUUGCAUAGGUAUGAAAUACGGAAUGAUGUGCAUGAAGGUAAUCUUAGCAACGUUGGUACGAACAUUCGUAUUCAAAGUAAAUAAAAGCGUAGAGAUAGAUGAAAUAAAAUUAAAGUUUAGCACGCUAUUAUCUACUGAAAAGCCUUUGAAAGUCGAAAUUGAGAAACGGAAUUUCCAAUAAAGUAAUGUAAAAAUAUGUGGAAUAUUAGAGAUUAUACUUUUAUUCUUUUAUAUAAUAUUCUGUAUUAUAUUAUCUUGGUGCAUAUAUUAAGUUAGCUUCAAUUUAAUAUUUUUUACUUUGUAACAUUGUAAAAGGUGAAAUGUAUUGAAACAAUAAAAUGUAUUGAAGUAAACUCUUAAGAUUUUUUGAAUUUACCCUUUUGGUACGGAGCGACUGGGACGUGAUCGUUCCUCCAGUGGCCGAAGCGUCGAUUCACCAAUAUACGCGAUUCGGCCGAGAGAGCUAGGCACUCGAUGUUCAACGCCGUCAAUUAUUUUAUGUAAUAAAACUCAAUAACAAAAACAAUUUAAAAAAUUUAUCAACAGAAGAGUUUCAAGUUAACAUUUCAAGUUGUUCAGCCGCAGCGUGUGAACAGUGACUAUAGUCACUGCUCGGCCGCAGUGAGCAGUAUAAUGGAUGACUAUAUAGUCACUCUCUGUAUCGAAAGGGUUAAUUCUUAACAGACGAUUAAUUUAGUAUUUCAACUCAUGACUAUAAUUAAUGUCUUUAAAAACUGAAGGACUUUGUCAUUAUUCCCAACAUAAAUUUUGGUAAUUUAACGCAAAUUUUAAAAGUUAUUACACAUACAUGUAAUAUUACAAAAACGUUUUUCUCUUUAACAAAUUUUGCGAGAUUAAAAAGUUAGUAUACAAUACUAUAUUAAUAUAACAAUCGUAAAUGGAACACGCCAAUUUAUACCUUUUAAGUAGUAUAAGCCCGGGAAAAAAUGGAAGAGAUCUAAACAGAUCUUAUCAGAUCCAAUCCACUCAGAUCUGGUUUGAUCAAAAUAUUGGCCCUAUCUGAUCAGAUCCAAUCAGACAUGAGUAGAUCUGAUCCGAUCCUAGAGGAUAGAGUUAGAUAUGUAACGAGAAUAAUAUAACCUAUUAUAUCUGCUCAGAUCCAAUCAGACAUGAAUAGAUCUGAUCCGAUCCGGUGUCCAUCCACUGCAGAAAAUUGUUGUUUUCAAAUGUUUUUUUUUAAUGUGCCACUUUAUUAUAAA